CGUUGUUUUCGUAGCAGCAGAGUGGCUGAAAUUGAAUACUUUUACGACCUUAAGUAGGUAACACACCUGAAUGGGACUUGUGCCAAUCUCAGUGACCACCAAUCGCGCGCAAAUGACCAUUGAGCAUUGUGCAGCAGGCUAUUGAGGCUCCUUCAAGUACCACACCCCUAAAAGACUAUGUCCACAAUCGAAGAGGAACGCAAGGCGUACGAAAAGAAUCCCUACUUCACCGGCCACAUCUACGGCAACUUCUCGCCGUUUUAUGUGACCAUUGCCAUCUGCACCGUUGUCCUGGGCUCGAUCAUUAUACUGAACAUUAUCUUGGGCUGCUGCUCCAAGCAUCGCAAGUACUGGCAGGACAGGCACACGGGUAAUCGCUGGCUGGUCUCCAUUUGGUCCGCCACGCCCCACAAUCAGCCGCCAUUGGACUUCACUGAACUGAAGGACGCCUCCUACUUCCAGCGUUUCCAUCCCACAACCCAUCAGCAAGUGUUCCCCGACGACGUUGUCAUAGGCGUUGACGACUUGGAACCCGUGCACUCGGCGCAUCAUCAUCACCAGCAGCAGCACCAGCGUCCACCACGCCCAGAAGGUCGCACUCUACACCAGCAACGCCAGCGCGAGGAAUACGUGGAGUUGCAGAAGCGCGAGAGCGACAUCUAAGUAGCAAUGGCUCUUUACUUCCUUUAUCCCGCCGUGGCCGCCGUCGCCCUGUUCAUCGUGGGCGUUAUUAUUGUCAUGCUGCGCUAUGGACCGCGUUUGUGCGGUUUGCGCCACCAUGCGCUGCCGGAUGAUGAUGACCUGCGGGGAAAGACGUACGAGCAUGAGAUUAGCUAUGCCUAAUCUUGUUUAGGGGUGUCCUAGGAAUUUCCUUCAACCAAUAUUCAUUCCUCUUCAGCUUUCAGUAACCAAUGCCAGAGUGGACGGUGAAGAAAUAGUUUCUCAACUAUAAAAUUGUUAGAGAUUCCUUGGACACCCCUGCGUUUAAUUUACAUAUUGCAAUGCUACGAAUUGCUACUUAUAUAUCUCCCCUAACUAAUCCUAGCUUCUGUAAGAGCCCACUAACCCACUAUAGUCUGCACCCACCAACCAUAUCAAUUUUGCAUGCAGUACAAAUAGCUUCAUUAGGAACUAGUUUCGUUCGAGCCGUUCCAUUCCAUUAAUCGCAAUCUGACAAUGUGCCUUCCACGUAGAGACUCGUGAGAAAAUUAUACCGUCCAAGUGUCUUUUCUAGCGCCGUAAGAUCGAACUAUAUUUACAUUUAAUACCCUUCCUGGGGUAGUCUGUCCACAGAUGCUGCAUUUAUUGUUGUCCAAUAUUCUAUUCGUAUCAGUGUCUUGUAUCUACAAUAGUGUAUGCAAACUCUAUACAUUUGUAUUCGUCCAUUAGUUUUGUAAUAUUGUAUUUUGAAGUUGCAUCAAAUAAAUCUACGGCCCCAAGAAUAAUG